UUGAAAACCAACGAGACAAAUUAUGAUACUGCUGGCAAUUACUUGGACCAACAUCAUUGGACUAAAUAUGUUUUCAAUUCUCUGGGAAAAUCUACAAUUUCAACAAUCAAAACGCAUUCGACUGGAAAAUUAUAUUCUUGAUUGCCAGUUGUCUACAAAGGUCCACGUUUGUUUGACCUCGUCAAAAAUAAAAACUUAAUCUUGUAACUGCAUAUUCUUUUACGAUGGAUAAAGAAAAGUGUAAUAGUGAAUCAUCAACUAAUCAAGUACCUGAAAAAAAUGAUAUUGAUGACAAAUUAUCAGAACCAGUUGUUGAAUCAAUAUCAUUGCAAGUAUCAAAUAAUGAAUCAAAAAGUGUUGAAUUAUUAAAUAAAUCAGAUUCACCUGAUGACUCUUUGCCAAAGCAAUUAUCAUCUGAUAAAAUGAUUCCAGCUUAUGCCGAACCAGGCUCAUCAAAAUCAUUUGAUAUAAAAGAAAAAAAAUUUUUGGCUAAUGCUGGUAAAUUAAGUACAAAUGUUGAUGAGAGAAAACGUUCUUCCGAAAUUGCUAAUGACUCACCAUUAAAAAAGUCAUCUACUCGUCCUUUAACUGAAAAUAAUUAUGCUCUAGAAAAUAUUAGGAAAAUAUCACCGCCUACUUUUGAUGAUUUGAUGUCUGCUUCUACAAGUGUCGACUCACCCAGUUCACCAGAUCUAUCAAGAAGUAAUGAUUCUGCAAACUAUUAUAGUAAUCUACUUCAACAAUGUCUAUUGGAGUACCAAAAUAAUAUGCUUAAAGAAUCAGCAAAAGAAUUUCGUGAAUGUCUUGGUUUAUUUGUACCAAAAACUCAUCAAUUUAUGUACGUGAAAACAAAUAUCAUACCACUUUUGAUUGGACGUCAUCAGGAAAUUAAACCAACAGAACUCACUUCACAAUAUGCUAAAGAUCUAGAAAAUAUCAUUUACAAUUUGAUUGAUGAUAAAUACCAAACAGUUCGACAAUGUAUUACUGAUAUUAAUAAAUUAUUUAUGCAUAUUUAUUUGCAACAGUUCCAAGAUGAUCCAUCAAACUCAUGGUUGAAUGAAAUAAAGAUUACACAACAAUACUUUCAUGAAUUAGUUGCUAAUAUAAAUUGGGAAAGCAGAGAGGAACCUAAUGAAUCAAAAUAUCAUCCAAUUUCAAAACUUACUGGAUCAGGAAAGAUGACAAGUCAAUUUACUUAUCUUCUAGAUGUAUUGCAGAGUUUACAAGAACACGAAUAUGGAUAUCUUUUAAAACAAGAAAAUAAUAAUGAUAUGACAGAAAUUGCUGGAACAUCGAGCUCAGAUGUAUCAACAAUUACAGUUAUUACUUUGGAGAUCAUUCGAGAUCGUUUGUUAAAUACAUUAUACGAUAGUGUUGAACAAUGUAUCCAAGAUAUUGAUGAACUUUUUAUAGAUUCUUAUAUAUUUAAAUUGAUGGGAUCUGACUACAUUCCAAUGACUCAUGUUCUCUAUGUUUUUUUUCGUGAACAGAUUAUCGAUAUGCCAGUAGGCUUCUGA